AUGCCAGACUUUGCUCCUAGGAAGAUUGCGAAAGCCAAUUCAGACAAAAAAAACAAUAAAGAAGCUUAUUUUUACAUAGAAAUCUUAUUGAAAUUAACUAAAAGACGCAUGUCGAUGAGUAUGGAUGAAAUGAUAAUACGAAAAGGGGGAAAAGUUCCAAUAAAGUCAUUUAGAAUGAGAGACAAGCUAAGUUACGCUGAUAUGAGAAAUAAAUGUGUUUCUUUGCUAUUAAACCGAAUUGUCUCUUCAUUUUGUAUUAGCAAAUUUCACCUUAGCGGCGACCAUUCCCUAUUAUACAAGGAACAAGAGUUACAGAAAUUUCAAAAUCGAGUUGACCUAGUGCAAAAUGAUCCCUCCGUUCCCUAG